GGAUCCUCCCGUCAUGUUUCGCCGCUUCGGACGCCUUCUGGUCGUUUUGCCGUUUCUGGUUCUCCCGGGGCAAACCUGGGCGGACAGCUUCGCGGACCUCGGCAUCCGGGUGACGACCGGGCGGGCGCCGCUGACGGUUGACUCGCCCGUGGCCCUGCCGCCCGAGGCGCUGCCGGACUCGCGCCCGACCAUCGGCGACGCCGGCAUCGUCAAGGCUUUGCUGAUCGCACCGACCGACCGCUACGGCCAUGGCGUGCUCGGCGACGCCGUCGAGGCCGGCGGCCUGCGCGUGAUCACCGACGGAAGCCUGGUUUUGGAGAUCCGGCUGCCGCAGGAGGCGGUGUUCGAGGAUCUGGUGCCGCGUCUGCUCGACCUGACCGGUGACGGCCGCGACGAGGUGCUGGUGGUCAAGGCCUAUCGCGACCGCGGUGCUGCGCUGUCCCUCUACGGAACGACCGAGGAGGGACUGCGUCUGCUCGGCGAGACUCCGGCCAUCGGCCGUUCCAACCGUUGGCGCAACCCGGCGGGCGCCGGCGAUUUCGACGGGGACGGCCGUCUCGAUCUGGUCGAGGUUCAGACGCCGCACCUUGGCGGUGUCCUGCAGCUCUGGGGCUGGGGCGAGGGUGGAUUUCAGCCCGGCGCCCGCUUUGCCGGCGUCUCCAACCACGCCAUCGGCAGCCGCUCGCUGGAUCUCUCGGCCGUACUCGACCUGGACGGCGACGGCGACGACGAGCUUUUGCUGCCUGAAAUGGGUUUGCGCGGCCUGUUGGCGCUCGACCUGCGCGACGGCGCCUGGGUCCGGCGCGCCCGGCUGGAGCAUGCGGCGCCCAUCGCCGGAGAUUUCGUUGUGGAGGACUUCGACGGCAACGGCCGCGCCGACGUCGGCUAUCCGCUGGCGGACGGGACCUUCGUCCGGACAUCGCCCGCGGCCGGGCCGGAGGCUCCGGGAUCCCGCCGCAUCGUAGGUAAAGAGGACAGCAGCAUGGGUAACGUGGUCGUCGUCGGUUCCCAAUGGGGCGACGAAGGCAAGGGCAAGAUCGUGGACUGGCUCUCGGAGCGCGCCGACGUCGUCGUGCGGUUCCAGGGCGGCCACAAUGCCGGACAUACGCUGGUCGUCGGCAACGAGACCUACAAGCUCUCUCUGCUUCCCUCGGGCGUCGUACGUCCCGGCAAGCUCUCAAUCAUCGGCAAUGGCGUG